UCCGGUUGCGGUGGGAAGAGGGAAGUGAGCGCACUGACAGCGCAGCCGCAUCGAGCACAGACCGGGCACUCUCGGUUCGGCUUCACUGCCUGUAACGCCUGGAGCCAAGAAACCUCGUACACGUUUUACACCUCGCCAUUCGUCUCUUUCCUGCAGCCGGGUCCCCGCAGUGCCGGCACACCGCACACCUGCCGCGGUCGCCCCUCAGAGGCGGGGGCUCCGGGCGCUCCUCCUUGCGCCGGGCGCGGGGCGGGCCCGGGCCUGGCGCGGCCCGGAGGAGGCGGCUCCGGCCGUGGGAGCGGCUGUGUGCCCAUGGCGGCCGCGGCGGAGGGGGCGGCCGCGGCGGAGGGGCCGCCCGAGGCCGGCGCGCAGCCCGCCAAGCAGGAUCCUGCUAUUGAAACUGCAGAGGAAGCUAAGGAGCCAGCAGAAGCAGAUAUCAAUGAACUCUGCAAAGACAUGUUCAGCAAAAUGGCCACUUACUUGACAGGUGAACUGACAGCCACCAGUGAAGACUACAAACUCUUGGAAAACAUGAAUAAGCUGACUAGCUUGAAGUACUUAGAAAUGAAAGAUAUUGCUAUAAACAUCAGUAGAAAUCUGAAGGAUUUAAACCAAAAAUAUGCUGAUCUUCAGCCAUAUCUGGAACAGAUAGACCUAAUUGAGGAACAGGUUGCAGCUCUGGAGCAGGCAGCUUAUAAACUGGAUGCUUAUUCCAAAAAACUUGAAGCCAAGUACAAAAAACUGGAGAAACGAUGAAAUUGCAAUAGUCUGUGAGCUGGAGUUGGGCAGUGAAUCCAACUGAUCUCCGGGUUUGCACAGCAGCAAUUCUGUAUUUUGACAAGGAUUUGGUUUACAGCUGACAUGGAGACUGGGACUUUUUCCAGCUAUUGGUAGGCUGUAUUCAGGCCUAAGGCUGAAUAAUAUUUUCCUCUUCUCAAGGGGUACUGUUCCCUCAGUUCUGCCGUGAAAAGUAGAAGCUUGUCUUUAACUCAUGUCGAUAUUGGCUAUAUGUGUGUUAGUCCUGUUUUCCACAUGAAAUACUUGGUCUAGGGAAAGUCUUCCAUAAUCUGUAAAGACAUUUUCCCUUAGUAGCAGCAGGACCUAAACUUCAAUUUUUCCUUCAUUGAGUUCUGUGUUGGGAAGAUACCUGGAACUUUGGACUUAAUGGGUGGGGUAUUGAAAACACUUCAUUUUAUCUGUUUGAAAUAGACAAAUUUACAAUAAACUUGCUGUAUAUA